CAGUUCUCCGAAUGAGCAAUGUGAAUCAUCGUACCUUCGUACGAGUUUCCCAUGUCAUGGUAACGCAGGGAAGUCGAGAGAAUGAAAGAGAGAAGACAGCCGGUGAAGAAGCGAGAUAAUCAACGGUAGAACAUAUCAAAAUCCAAGGAACCCAAAUGGGACCACGCCCUGUUUUCGUCGAUUGAAUCCAACCUUUCAGGCUCUUUUCUCGUCAAAUUUCUUCCUUUUGUGAUCAUCUCCACUCUGAACGGAGCAAGCACAGUCGGCGUCAGAAACCCAGGUUCUUCUCUUCCUCCGUUGACGUCUCCAUGUUACACGUAUUCACGCAGACGUUCCAGAUCGUUUUUUCGAUUCUAUGAUUCAGCGUUCAGAGUACUGAUUACAGAGUUCAUCCGGCAGAGACAUUUGAUCUGUAACCGAAAGCCUAGCGACCUCCAAUACCAAUUCCAAAUUAUAAAUAGGAAACACAGUUUUGAAGUCAAGAUUAUGGAGAACUGGUUUUGAGUUUUUUUUUCUCUUUUUUUUUGGGGUGGGUGGAAAGUCUGGGAAGAGGUCUCAGUGAUGGGGUCAAUGAACGUGGAGAAGAAAUGGGUAUUUCCCCUUGUUAUAAGCUUCCUUUUGUGCAUAUUCCUACUUGUGACCUCACUCAACAUGGGUCUUGUGUCUUCAUUAUACCAGAUCAAUUCUAUUUUCUCAAUUUUCCCGCCUCAGAAUUCGCUGAAUAACACAAUUCCCCCUUUUGCUGAAGACAAAGUUAUGCACACUCCCUCCCCCCCUUCCAGUCCUCCUAUUCCUCGCUUUGCUUAUUUGAUAUCUGGGUCUAAAGGGGACCUGGAAAAGCUUUGGAGGACUCUUCAAGCAGUCUAUCAUCCUCUGAACCAAUAUGUGGUUCAUCUGGACCUGGAAUCACCUGCCAAGGAGAGAUUGGAGCUUGCUAGCCGGGUAGAUGAGGAACCAAUUUUAGCUAAGGUUGGGAAUGUUCAUGUGAUUACCAAAGCUAAUAUGGUCACAUAUAGAGGACCUACCAUGGUUGCCAAUACUCUUCAUGCAUGUGCCAUCCUUCUCAAGAGAAGUAAAGAUUGGGAUUGGUUUAUUAAUCUCAGUGCUUCAGAUUAUCCUCUUGUGACACAAGAUGAUAUUCUUUACACCUUCUCUGAUUUAAAACGAGAGCUGAAUUUCAUUGAGCACACAAGCCGUCUGGGUUGGAAGGAGAAUCAGAGAGCAAUGCCUUUGAUUAUAGACCCCGGACUCUACCAGUCAACAAAGCAAGAUAUAAAGUGGGUCACGCCUCGUAGAACUUUGCCUACAGCCUUUAGAUUAUUUACUGGUUCAGCAUGGAUGAUCCUCUCACGUUCUUUUGUGGAAUAUGUUAUAUGGGGUUGGGAUAACCUUCCAAGAGUCCUGCUCAUGUACUACACAAACUUUGUUUCGUCCCCCGAAGGCUACUUUCAGACAGUUAUAUGCAAUGCGCCGGAGUUUGUCCAUACUGCUGUCAACAGCGACAUGCACUACAUCUCUUGGGAUAACCCUCCGAAACAGCACCCUCAUACCCUCUCUGUCAAUGACACGGCCAAAAUGAUCUCGAGUGGUGCUGCCUUUGGGCGUAAAUUCAGGCAGGACGACCCUGUCCUGGAUGUAAUAGAUGAGAACUUACUCAGCCGCAAAAAUGGGAGCUUCACACCGGGUGGUUGGUGCGCCGGUGAACCCCAUUGUUCCAAGGUUGGAAAUCCUACCAACCUUAAACCAGGUCCUGGUUCUCAAAGGCUUCGUCGUCUCAUACGCAGGCUACUUGUGUCAUCUCAGUAUCGUGAAAACCAGUGUAAAUAAACAGAGAUUUCAUUAGAGCAUUGUUGAUUGUGGGUGAAAGUGGGCAAAUGGAAAAGAUCGGGUUUCUUCUUUCCUUUUGGUUAAUAGUAGUUUGCUAUAUUGCUGGCUUAGGUUCCAUACAUUUAAAGAAUACAUAUAGUUUCAUAUUUCUUUUC